CCAACAUGAGCUCAAAGCACCGCGGCGGUGGUGGCAAUGCGCGUCGUGGUGGUCGCGGCGGCGGUCCUUCAGCUGCUGCUUCGACCGCUGCUGCUGCUGCUGCUGCUGCUUCACCGUCCUCAUCAUCGCAGGCCGUGCUCGCAACAGCAGCAUCGCAGCAAGCCGCAGCAGCCGCAGCAGCAGCCGCAGCAUCAGCAUCAGCAUCAGCGGGUGCCCCAGCGCCAGUCCCAGCAAGAGGCCCAGCAUCAGCAGCAUCAACAUCAGCAGCAGGAGAGCAGUCCCAUCGCACGGGCAGCCCAGCAUCGUCGCACCACCAUCAGCACCACCAGCAUCAGCAUCAGCACCAGCAGCACCAGCACCACCAGCAUGGCAAGUCUGCUGCUGCAGCUGGGUCACCCCAGUCGGCGCCCCGUCGCGGCCAGCAGCACCAGGCACAGUCAUCGCCAUCCUCAGCAUCAGCAUCAGCAUCGUCAGCAGCAGCAUCAUCAGCAGCAGCAUCAGGUGGUGCUGGGUUUGGAUUGCCGCCGUCGCCAGUCGCCAACCCAACCACAGCGAGCAGCUCGUCUGGCAAGAAGCCGCACCAGCAACGCCAGCAGCAGUUGCUCCAAGCGCAGCAACAGCAACAGCAGCAGCAACAGCAACAGCAACAGCAACAAGCUCAGCAGUACAACCAUCACCAUCAGCAGCACCAUCCAAAGCCAAACGCUGCUGCCAACAAUGGCCAAGGCGGACCCGUUCGAGCACCAAGCGCACCGCCCUCUGUGGGUGCACCACCGGGAUCGUCAGGAGCAUCAGGAGCAUCAGGAGCAUCAGGACCAGCUGGAGCGGCCAUGUCUGCGCCGUUCAAUCCUGCCGCUGGCUCACUCUCAAGCUCAAGCUCAAACGCAGGGUACAUUGCAUCCACCUCCACUCUGGCUUCAAACGCACCGGCGUUUGUACCGGCCGCGCACGCUGCUGCACAGCUCCACCACCAGCAGCAGCAGCACCAGCAGUUGCUGCACCACUCGCUGCAGAGUGAGCGAUCCGCGUCCGUCCCGCCGCAGCUCAACGCCCCUGCAUUCGUCCCCAUGGGAGCAGCAGGCACCUCGUCCAGCAACAGCAAUGCAGGCAGCGCCAACAACCUGAGCGCGAGCAGACACCCAUCCCACCUGCAGCACCAGCUUCAACUCGGAAACCAGCAGCCAAUCCAGUACGCCUCGUCCGCUUCCGCUUCCACCACCUCCUCCUCGUCGUCGGGAAAGCCUCCGAGCUCUAUUGCAUCCGGAUCAACCCUCAACCUCGCCUCGGAGGUCUUCCACCCAAGCUCAUCCUUGCCUGCGACCCAGGCCGAAGCCGCGUUUCAAUUUGCUGCCUUGUCUUCAGCUGCUGCGUCGUCUGAUGCAACGCCGACCGCUUACCAGUCACGAGAAUCGCUCGGUGGAACCACCUACUUUUACUCGAAUGACGGGUCAUCCGAUGGUGCAUCCGGCAAUCCCAACAACAACAGCAACAAUGGCGGCGCUGGCGGGAACGGACCGAACGGCGGCGCGGCAGAAGUCACCUUUGUCGAGGCCCAACAAGCACUCUACCACCACUAUCCGUCGCACAUUUCCCACAUUCCAAACAUCCCCGAAGGCGCGCAGUCAUUCUUCAUGCCGGACGACCUCCGCUACGAGCUCAUCAUGCGCAGCAUGGUCAUCCUGGCCCAGCCCGACCCUGCCUCUCCGUUCGCUGCCUUCAUCCCGCAGCAAAUCGACAAGGACCGCUACCACACCAUCUACCCGCUCGACGAGCAGCCCCUGACCCCUCAAGCCGUGGCAAAUCGCUCGGCCGACUCGCGUCGCCUGUUUGGCUACCAAACGACCGUGUACAAGGGCAUCCGAGACUCUGUGCCGUACUGCCUGCGACGCAUCGAGGGCUUCCGCCUCACCAGCGACAAGCCCAUGGCUGUUGUGAGGCAGUGGAAGCAGAUUCGGCACAGCAGCAUCGUGACCGUGCGAGACGCCUUCACCACCAAGGAGUUUGAUGACCACUCGGUUGUGUUUGAGUACGACUUUCAUCCGAACGCGGAAACGCUCGCCGCCAGGCAUUUCUCGCCGCAGAGCGAAGCCUUGUCCGAGACCGUGUUUUGGAGCUACUUGAUUCAGCUCACAUCGGCCAUUCGCACCGUGCAUGCAGCAGGCCUCGCGUGCCGCGUGUUGGACGCAACCAAAGUGCUUGUGACAGGCCGCACUCGUCUCAAGAUCAACUGCAUGGGCAUCAUGGACAUGAUCACCUUUGACCCCACCAAGGGUGUUGGCAAACAGCAUCCCUUCCUCCAGCACUACCAGCAGGAAGAUCUCACCUCGCUCGGUCGGCUGUUGCUUGCUGUUUGCUGCCGCUCUGUCUCUGUGUUGGCCUCGCGCGAGUCCAUCUCUCAAGGCUUGACCUAUGUCAAUCGAAAUUACCAUCAAGAUGUUGCACAAGUCUUUGCGCACCUGCUUGGCGUCAACCGCAACCCCAUUCGCAGCGUUUCCGAGCUCAUGCCACUCAUUGGCUCUCGAUUUUUCACGGAACUGGAGUGCAGCGCAAUGCAACACGAACUACUCGAAAACGAGCUUGCCAAAGAGCUGGAAAAUGGCCGAUUAUUCCGUCUCAUGGCGAAAAUGUGCUUCAUCAACGAGCGUGACGGCCUGCUCCUGGACACCUCUUGGUCUGAAACCGGCGAUCGCUACCUGUUGAAGCUCUUCCGUGACUUUGUCUUCCACCAAGCUCUGGACACUGGCGAGCCUUGGAUUGACCUUUCGCAUGUCGUCCAGAGCUUGAACAAGCUGGAUGCAGGCUUCCCUGAAAAAAUCGCGCUGUCUUCGCGUGACGAGCAGUCAAUGCUGGUUGUGAGCUACAAGGAUUUGAAGCGCUGCCUCGACACUGCCUUCCAAGAGCUGUUGGCUGCAACAAGUGCAGGUCGUUAGGCGCCAAACAACCUCGUUCCCCUUCCCCCAGCCCCCCCAAGUGCGCACAGAUUGGGCGUGAGCCUAUUUUGUGUGCGGUCUUGUUCUUGUUGUGCAAUCUCUUUUUGUCUCUUUUUUCAUCAAUACGGAAUAAAUUACUUUUUGAACCA